AAAGAGUGCAUAAUAGAUGUCUACCAGAUUAUAAACAAUAAAUUUUUAAAUGCGCAAAAGAACAUUUCUUUCGUAAUUAGGAAAAUAUUAGGUAUUUUAAAGUCGUGCAGAUAUAGUCGUUUUAGAACUACAGCCUUUUGAAAAAGAAAGGUAGCGAACUUUCCUGCAUAUAAGUUAACUCUUGUAUAAAAAUGUUAAGUUUUGGAACCGCUGCUUGUAAUAUUGAUAUACUUUGGUAUUUACAUGCAUUUUAUUUGUUAAUAUAACAUUGUGAGUAAGUUUUAAAUAUGUCGAAAUUACAACCAAAAUGUAAUUUUUCUAGAUCGGAUGUUUGUUGUUAAAAUAGGAGUUAUAAAUUUAAGUUUAAAUCUUAAAAAUAUAACAUUCCCGCACUCCUGUAUUCAACUUAACGAAUAUUUGAACAGUGUAAACAGGUACAUACAUAUAUGGCAGAUUCCGUUUUAUUGAAAUUGAAUGCAGUAAAAAUUAAUUGAGUCUAACAGAAAUAAUAUUACAUAUUAUCUUAAAUAUGGCAGAUAAUUCAUUGUAUGGAUUAUUAGGCGUCAGUCCAAACGCGCCGGAAGCUGAAAUUAGGAAGAAUUACAGGAAGUUGGCUAAAGAAUAUCACCCAGAUAAGAAUCCGGGUGCUGGCGAUAAAUUUAAAGAAAUCUCGUUUGCGUACGAGGUUCUAUCAGAUCCGGAGAAAAGAAAAACCUACGACAGAUAUGGUUUGAAAGGAUUGCAAGAAGGUGCUGAUACCGGGGCGGAAGACAUGUUUAUGCAUUUGUUCGAUACUUUACACGGCUGCCGGGGAGGCCGGGAGAGGCGUGUUCGUGAAAUUGUGAUAAAGCUGCCAGUCACGUUAGAAGAUUUAUACAAUGGUAAUAAAACGUACCCUGCUGAUUAUAGUCGAAGAAGAUUCUGUGAAAAAUGUAAUGGAGCUGGGGGAACUGGAAGCAUAGAACAAUGUCGUAAUUGUGAGGGCAAGGGUAUGGUUGUAGUUAUAGAGCCGAUUGGAGCAAACAUUCUUGGGCAGGUUAAUCGUUCAUGCAUUGCUUGUAAUGGCCGGGGCAUAAUUGUAUCAUCUGAAGAAGAUAUAUGUGUUGAAUGUAAAGGAACAAGAUUUGUAGAUCAAAAAAACAGUUUAGAAAUUCACAUAGAAAAAGGCAUGCAAGAUAUGCACAAAAUAAUGUUUCGAAGUGAAGGUAAUCAAAGUUCUUCUGGUGAAUGUGGAGAUGUAAUUGUCAUUCUAAUUCUUCAACCUCACAAAUAUUUUGAGCGUGUUAGGAAUGAUCUUUUCAUGAAAAAUGUUGAAAUUUCCCUAACACAUUCUUUAUGUGGUUUGGAAUAUGUUUUUAAGCAUUUGGAUGGACGAGACAUUGUUGUAAGGAAUAAACUGGGAUGUGUGAUAAAAUGUGAUGAGCUCAAAACUAUCGUUGGGGAAGGAAUGCCUUUACACACAAAUCCUUUCGAAAAGGGUGAUCUCAUCAUUCAAUUUAAUGUUAAAUUUCCUGAAAACAAAUUUGGCAGUCAAGAACAGAUGGAAAAACUCGAAUUGUUGCUGCCUCCAAGGACUCCGUUUACAAUGCCAAAUGGUGAAAAUGUUGAAGAAGUAGAAAUGGUGAAUCUGGAACCAAGAAAUGAUGGAUAUAGUAGCAGUGCUUCUGCCGGUUUGUUUUAUGAACCUGAAGAUAGUGAUUUCGAUGAAGGAGGUGGAGCUGGUGUUCAAUGUCACGCUCAAUAAAUAUUUUUGUCACUGAUUUAUAUUUCAAAAAAUAAAAAUUUGAUACUUUAAUUUUCAAAAAGGUUACCAACCAAAACAGAAUUUUCAAUCAAAGUAAUUACUUGCAGAUAUUUAAAAUUACUUUUCAUGCGUAAGAUGUACAUAAAAUAAGAUUUCUUAAAACAUAGAAUUCUCAUUUAUUUCUAGAUUAAUUCAUGUAUUAUGUUUAUUUAAAUAAACGUGUAUGUAAGUUUUAAUAAAUUAUUCUUAAACAUCUUA